CUUGUGCUUUGGGACCAGACUGAUGGCUUUGAGCCCAGGCUGGAGAGUGUUUGCAUCAUUUCCUAUGAACCACUAUGUUGUCCUCUGGAAGGCUGUGAGAAGCAGUGGCUUCCUCUUGUUUCCUUGGGGUCACUGCCCCUGGAGAGGAACUGGAAGCCUUUUGGACCCUAAGAUGAAAGCUUUCCUGGAAGAGAACACUGAAGUCACCAGCAGUGGCAGCCUCACCCCUGAAAUCCAGUUGCGGCUUUUGACCCCCAGAUGCAAGUUCUGGUGGGAGAGAGCUGACCUGUGGCCCCUCAGGGAUCCUUACUGGGCAAUCUACUGGCCAGGGGGCCAAGCCCUAUCUAGGUAUCUUUUGGAUAAUCCUGAUGUUGUCAGAGGAAGAUCUGUGUUAGAUAUUGGCAGUGGAUGUGGAGCUACAGCCAUCGCUGCUAAGAUGAGUGGAGCCUUAAGGAUCUUGGCCAAUGACAUAGACCCCAUUGCAGGAAUGGCUAUUACACUAAAUUGUGAGUUGAACCAACUGAAUCCUUUUCCCAUUUUAAUCAAAAACAUUUUGGAUUUGGAACAAGAUAAGUGGGACCUUGUUGUGCUUGGAGAUAUGUUUUAUGAUGAAGACCUUGCAGACAGUCUGCUUCAAUGGCUGAAGAACUGCUUUGAGACCCACAGAACUCAAGUACUGAUUGGUGACCCUGGGCGACCCCAAUUCAGUGGACACAGCAUUCAGCAUCAACUGCACAAAGUAGCAGAAUAUUCACUUCCAGAGCCUACAAGGCAGGAUAACAAUGGACUGACAACAAGCACAGUGUGGCAGUUUCAGCCUUGA